AUGGCCCCGCCGACUGCGAAAAAGCGAAGCACCAUCACGCCCAAGAAGCCCGCGGCGGCGCUGCCCCGAUCGAAGCAGAAGCCGAGGCCGAACGCCAGCAUCCUGAGUUUCUUCCAAAAAGCCGAGAAGGAGGAGGAGGAGCUGUUCAUCGAAGACCGCGCCGAGAAGAGUGCUGCCGCUGGUGCUACGCCGACAUUGCAGAACGGCCAUGGCGGCGAGGAGACGAGGUUCAAUGAGGUCGGCGGUCCGGUGAAGAAGAGGCGGCUGAGCGGUGCUGGAGUGACGGAGGAGGGUGCCGAGGCUGACAAGGAGAACGUCGGUGGCCUGUUUGGAAGCGAUGUCGAGGAUGUCGAGGCCGUUCUCUCUAGAGAAGAGAAGCCCCCCUCCGUGGGUGAGGUGAUGGCGGAACCCGAUCCGGCGAUACACAGAGUGCCCAAGGACAAACCCCCGGCCAAGACGCGUGCGAAACGGAAAGGACCAUUUCUUGAUGAUUCCGACAGCGAGGACGAGAGCGAUCCGACGCCGAGACCGAGCUUUGCGAUCCCACCGUUCGGUAACACCGUCGGCUUGCCGCCCGCUGAGCCAGCGUCUGAAGGUGAGGAGCCCAAGAGCCCGGAAAAGGAGACAAGUUGCCCACCACCACCCCUCAAACAGGAUGACUCGCUCGACACGGCUUUUGCCAACAUGGACGGCUAUGAGAAGAUGGACGAUUUCCCGGACGACGAGGACCUGGGCGGCGAAGAAUUCCGGAUGAUGCGGUACAUGGAGGAGCAAUCACGGCUGGAUAUGGAGGUCAUGAAGGCGGAGGAUGACGAUUUCUAUGGUGACGCUCUACGAACGGAUGCGACGAAUGAAGUCAAGGUAGCCAAUUGCCCCAUUUGCGACGGGAGUCUGCUCGGACUAUCGACGGAUAAUGCCACGAAACACGUCAAUGCCUGUUUGGACGGAAAUCCCAUACCACUUCCUGAGCCGAAGAGCACAGUUGAGCCUGUACGCGAACCUAGGACGGAAGACGGCGAGAUCACCAAUGCCAUGGUCGACGCCCCUGAGCUCGGGAAGCGCUUCCAGCGAGCCGCGGUCCCGAGGGCGCCCCAGGCGAAUCCGUUCGACAUCGUCGAAGGCGAGACGGCUGGGGCCAUGGGGAAGAAGUCGUCGGCCUUUACACAACUCAUGUCAGGCCACGCUGAAAGUGCUGCGUGGGCGAACGCAGCGGCCGCCGAUAAGGCCUCCCGUGGCAAAGCUGCCUACGAGCGGACAUGCCCCUUCUACAAAAUCAUGCCGGGGUUCAACAUAUGCGUCGACGCAUUCCGUUAUGGCGCCGUCAAGGGGUGCCAGGCCUAUUUCUUGAGUCACUUCCACAGCGAUCACUACAUUGGCCUUACGGCGCACUGGACUCACGGCCCGAUAUACUGCAGCAAAGUGACUGGCGACUUGUGUAUCAUGCAACUCAAGGUCGCCCCGAAAUGGAUCGUCGCGUUAGAUUUCGAAGAGACGGUGGAAGUGCCGGGGACGGGGGGUGUCAUGGUCACCAUGAUUCCGGCGAACCACUGCCCAGGCAGCUCUCUCUUCCUCUUCGAGAAGCCUCACGGCAAGGGCGCCAACGUGAAGAAGCAGCGAUAUCUCCACUGCGGCGACUUCAGGGCCUGUCCCGCGCAUGUUGAGCAUCCACUGCUCAAGCCAGAUGUGCAGGACGCCAUCACCGGCAAGCUCAAGCAGCAGAGGAUCGACCUGUGCUAUCUCGACACAACGUACCUAAACCCUCGCUACUCCUUUCCGCCCCAGGAGGAUGUCAUACGCACUUGUGCCGACGUCUGUGCUGGCAUCUCCCCCGAUCCAAACUGCACGACCGACAUCUGGGAUAUCAUGGCUCGAAAAGGGGGCAACAGUUCCGUCAGCAAGUUCUUGAUCAAGCCACCUUCGCCAGUGAAGGAAGAAAGCGAUACCCCCGCCUCGGACUCGGCGAAAGACGGCACCGCCGACUUUUUCACCAACGUCAAGGAGAAGAAGCCGCCCACGUGCCGGCAGCGCCUCCUCGUCAUAUGCGGCACCUAUUCCAUCGGCAAGGAGCGCAUCUGCAUCGCCAUCGCCCGCGCCCUCAAGACGAAAAUCUUCGCCUCGCCCGCCAAGAUCCGCAUCUGCUCCAAGCUCGGCGACCCGGAGCUCACAUCGCUGCUGACGUCCGACCCGCUCGAGGCCCAGGUGCACAUGCAGAUGCUCAUGGAGAUCCGCGCCGAGACGCUUCAGGAUUACCUCGACUCGUACCGGCCGCACUUUAGCCGCAUCGUCGGCUUCCGCCCCUCGGGUUGGAGCUACCGGCCCGCGCCGGCGUCGACCGGCGCGACGGCCGCGUCGCUGACGAGCGCCAACACGGCGCCCGGCACCGUGGCCACGACGCAGAUCCUGCACUCCAUGGCCUGGCGGUCGCGCUUCACGGCCCAGAGCGUCGUGCCGCAGCGGCGGCAGCACCAGGGAGGCCAUGUGCUUUGGCGUACCGUACAGCGAGCACAGCAGCUUCCGGGAGCUGGCCAUGUUUGUCAUGGCGCUGCGGAUCGACAAGGUCAUCCCCACGGUCAACGUCGGCAGCGAGCAGUCGCGCAAGAGGAUGAAGUCGUGGAUCGACCGGUGGAUGGCGGAGAGGCGGCGCGGCGGUCUCGUCCGGGCUCUCGUCGAGGGCGAGGGGCAGAAGGGUGA